AUGAUCAGCAAGGCCAAUCUUCAAACCAACAAUAGUCAUUCCAACAACAGCCACAGGGGUUCUUUCAGUCAAGAUUUAGGCAGCAGCAACAACCCCAACCGCCCACUCACCAUCAACAACAACAAAAAUUCUGGUGGAAAUUCUAAUGCUAAGUCAGAUGUGUUAAACCAAUUCAUGGCUGAAACUCGAUCUUCUAUUAGAAAUUUGGAGACCCAAAUGGGACAAUUGGCUACUCUCAUGGCUAAUCGUGCCCAAGGUAACUUGCCUAGCACCACUGAAGUCAAUCUGAAAGAGAAUUGCAAGGCAAUCACGUUGAGAAGUGGGAAGAAUUAUGAGGGACCAAGUGAGAAGCAGCCAGUUGAAGAAGUGGGUCAGGAUCAACAGGCACAGGCACCGACACAAGAGGAAAAGAAGCACAAUGAGAAAAAGGCUACUGAGGGCAUAACAGUAAAAGAAGCUUCUCCACCAAUCAGUAUUGAGCAUCACAUAAAGAUUCCCUACCCCCAAAGGCUCUGUAAGAACAACAUGGACAAGCAGUUUACUAAAUUCCUGGAAGUAUUCAAGAAACUGCACAUCAACAUUCCAUUUGCGGAGGCCUUAGAGCAAAUGCCGAGCUAUGUCAAGUUCAUGAAGGACUUCUUGUCCAAGAAGAGGAAUAUGGAGGAUUUUGAAACUGUGGCAUUGACAGAAGAGUGUAGUGCUAUACUGCAAAAGAAGCUCCCUCCUAAACUGAGAGAUGCUGGGAGUUUCACAAUACCGUGCACUAUUGGGAGAAUUAAGGGAAUAAAUGCUCUUUGUGAUUUGGGGGCCAGUAUCAACCUGAUGCCAUUGUCAGUUUUUAAGAGAUUGCAACUUGGUGAAGCCAAGCCCACAACUGUAACUUUGCAACUAGCUGAUCGUUCGUUGGCACAUCCAAGAGGGGUAAUUGAAGAUGUCCUGGUCAAAGUAGACAAGUUUAUUUUUCCUGCCGAUUUCAUAGUUCUUGACAUGGAAGAGGAUAGCAAUGUGCCCAUUAUCCUUGGGAGACCCUUCUUAGCAACAGGCCAAGCACUCAUAGAUGUUCAAAAAGGUGAAUUGAAGUUGAGAGUACAAAGGGAAGAAGUUGUGUUCAAUGUGCUCAAGGCCAUGACCUAUCCAGAAGCUAGUAACAAUUGCUUUUCGGUUGAUGUAAUGGGUAAUUUAGUGGAAGAGAGAAAACUGAUAAAUGAUCCUCUUGAGUUAAGUUUGGUUGAAGAUGAAGUUAGUGAUCAAGAUGGAAAGGAAGCUAUGGAGUACGCAAAAUGGCUUAAUUCUUAUGGGCCAUUGAAAAGGAAAUACUUUGAAGAGCUUGGGGCAGUACCAAAAAGGUCAUUUCCCUCAGUUGAGAAACCCCCAGAGUUAGAACUGAAGAUACUUCCUGACCAUCUGAGGUAUGAGUUUUUGGGUGAAAACAAGACACUUCCGGUUAAGUUUCAGCUUCACUAUCUGAUGUGGAGACUGAAAAAUUGUUGA